AUGGAUACAUCAUACAGACUUAUGUCUGUCAAUCUAGCAUUAAUAUGCAUAUUAUUUAUGAUACAGUCAUCAAUUGCAGCAUCUGUUAACUUUUCAAAUAAAUUACCAAUUGUUGUUGCUGAAUUACCAAAACAACCAAUAAAACCAGAACAAUUAGAACAAGCUGCUAGUAAUAAUGAACCAAUAAUGAAUUAUCAUCAUCAUGAAAUCAAAGAUAAACUGCUACCAGUUUAUCCACAAGUACAACCUGUUGUUAAAUAUAUUAAAAAACCACAAGUUUUAUAUUACGCUCAGCCGUCGGUUUAUCCUAAGAAAUACAUUGUAUUGAAAAAUAAAAAAAAUAAUAAUAAUAAUAAUAAUGAACCAGCUGGUAAAAUAAAUAAACGUCAGGAUAAUUAUGGCAAUGAAGAGGAAUCAAGUGAGUACGCUGACUAUGAAAAUAAUGAUAAUUAUGAUCAUCAAGUACCUGCUGAAUCAAAACAUCAUGAAGAACAUUACGAAGAGUCACACGAACAAGGGCAUGGUGGUGAACAUCACCAAGAAGAUCAUGAAUCUAAAGGGGAAAAAGGAGACAAGGGAUUUAAAAAAUGGUUUGAAGAAGAAAAAGGUAAAAAGGGGCAUCAUGAUGAAGAUGAACACAAAAAACAUUAUGGAGAAAAAAGUGGAGAAAAGAAAAAACACCAUCACGAUGACGGAUAUUACAAAGAAUAUCAUACAGAUGAAAAAGGAGAAAAAGGAUCCUCGUAUGAGGAUAAAGAAGAUUAUAAAAAAGGACACAGUACCCAUGGAAAACAUGUUAUUCAUAAAAAGGAUGACUAUGAAAAAAAUGUAGACUUUUUCGAUGAGGAUCACUCUCACGAGGAGCAUGAAAAACACGGCGGUUAUCAUCAUGAGCAUAAAAAAGGACACGGGGGUAAAAAGAAGAAGGGACAUCACAAAGGUGGACAUCAUGAAGACAAGUACGGUAAAGAAAAGAAACAUAAACACGGUAGUCAUCAUCAUGAUGAAGAAAAGUGGAAAAAAGAAAAAGGAGAAAAAGGACAUCAUAAACAUGGUAAAAAAUAUGGCAAAAAAGGUGAACAUGAAGACGGAAAAAAAUGGGAACAUAAAAAAGGAUAA